UCCUGUACUAGAUAAUGGUUACACGAUGAUACGAGUGACGUAAAUAGGCGCAAUUAGAACUACAUACAUACUACGACAUACUACGAAAUGGAGACAAUGCGAAACGGAAUCGUCCCACUUGUAAUACCCCGUACCCCCACCACUCAAUGUUUUCUAUGAUCAGCACCAAUCGUGAUGUUCGUCGUAUUCCGAGAUACCUUCGGCUAAGACCUAUUGUUGGUGAGUCAGGGAAAUCAGAACACUGCGGCUGGACAGUAUACCGAUACUGUUACAUAUGGCUGCAACAUUAUAGACACAGCUUGGCUGAGAGGAGUGCAUUGGGUAACCUUCCACCCUGUAAACCACAUACCCGAUGGGUAUUCGCAACAAGAAACAAACCCAUUCAGGGUUAUGAUUUGGCGUGGUGCGUGACAUGCAGCUCAAUGUGGACAUAUAUUGCCUUACUACUGUGUACCCCAUCGGCGUAUUUUAGUGUUUCAUACAUCAAGACCUCGCUGUUGAUAAGGACAUGGGCUACCCACCCGUCCAUUCGAAUACCAUAUGCGCGAGCUCUAGCGGUAGGCGAACAUCCAUCUGUGCGGCCCUUCGUGCUGCCUUAGUCCAUCAGUCAUGCUGCCGCGGGGGUACAUUGCAUGUCCAGCACACGCGAUGGUGCGUAUCUGUGAGGUGGACUUGGACGAGUGUUAGAUGCCCUGGAUGGUGGGGAUUUGCGAGGGUGAAUGGCCUCUCUUUCGACCGGAAGUUAUUUGGCCAGCUCAUGAUCCAGGCCAUAUCUGCACGGACAGAGCCAAAAGUGUGGUCGGCCCGAUAAUCUCCCUUGUAUUAAUCAAAGAAAGGGAUG